AUGUCAGGAGCAGACAAGAAGAAGGUGUUGGUUAUAGGAAAAAGCACUAAGCCUUGCUGCUUUAAAGGGCUUAGCAUGGACAGUUUACCAGUUGUUUAUCGGGCGAACAGAAAUGCGUGGAUGAGCUCUAAACUUUUUAAAGAAUGGUUGAAGGACUGGGACAGAGAGCUACAACGCCAGUCGAGAAAAGUGUUGCUUCUUCUUGACAACUGUGCAGCACAUCCUUAUUUAGAUUGCUUGAACAUGCAACUGGAAUUUCUAUCUCGCAGGACCACAGCUUUGAUCCAGCCAAUGGACGGGGUAUCAUCAAAAAUUUGA